AUGUCGAUUGGAAUACGUGUAGGCGGAUUUGAUCCGUUUGGAAGUUUGGACUAUGUUCCACCUGGCCAAGAUUCCCAUCAAGAUGGCACCGCUUUCUAUUCUUUUUCAAAGGAGAGGAACCACAUCUCCAAGCCUCUAGGAGAGCCUAAUUGCGAAUCGGUGCCUAAUCCUAUGUCCUCAUCUUUCUCCGCUUCACCGAUAUCGACUCCGAUAGCUACUCCUUUACGGUUCAAUUCGGUCUCAGGCGAUUAUCUUUACAAGCCUGAAUCAGAUUUACCUUCACGAAUUGGUAGUUAUUAUCAAAACAGUACAAGGAAAUCCAGAUUUGGGUGGGAGCGCUCUGAGGCUGGCGGAAAGACAGACCAAUUCAUCCCUGCCACUGUGGUUUUGGAUGUGAAGACUGGCCCGAAAUACACUUUUUCGACAGGGACAGAGAUUAAAAUAAAUCAAUCAUUUUUGGGAACACUUGAGAACAGCAUUGUGACUCUGAAACCGGGAGAUAUAUCCUUUGAGUACGAGGGUGAACGUUUCCAUGGCAUGCUAUCCCAAAUACCAUCUGGCCAGUAUAUCAUUGGUGGCCCCGGUGUCGAUAUUUCUACCCUGAGCCAUGGAUGGAUAGACGUUGUCGACGGUCCUGACGGGAAGCACUUCCUCGCAGACUGGAAAGUCAAAGAAGUCAAAGAUGGCAUGAAUGUCCAAGAACAAUUGAGACUUGGUAUUGGAGGUGAUAUAAUGCCUUCUUUGAAUGGAAAGUUCAUUUCUGGUACGGUACAGAUCAAUAAAAAUGGCUUGCACAGAGGACUACAAGUCAAAGUUGGCAAAACAACUUGGGGAGAAUACAUUGGCCAGAUUGGUGCUACUUUUGGAUGGUAA